AUGCCUAUUGCUCCAAUUACUGGUAAACUUCGCAAAACACUUAUCACCGAUAUUGCUAUUGCAUUCGGUCUUGGCAUUGGUGGUGGAUAUGCCUACUGGUACGGAAUACAUGUUCCUGUGGAUCAAAAAAGAGAGAAUUUUUAUGCUAAGCUUGCGAGAGAGAAGCAACAAAAACAAUGUAUGAUAAAUAAUAAUGUGUCUAUGCAAGAGUCUAUAAUGAGUAAAAACGAUACAAAUACAAUAUCACAAAAACAACAAUAA